GCAGCUCUCUUUGCUCCCCGCGGGAGAGCGAGCGAGCUCCGCAGUGAAAAUUCCCCCAAGAUGGUUGAAUCUGUGCGGUUUUUGGGCGCAUGGGUUCGUUAGGAUUUUCGAUGCGUAGAGCUUACCCGCACGCAACUUCGGUAUAGGAAUUUGGAGAUCUAGAUCUAGAGGUUUGGGUUGUGGGGAUCGAGAAGUUGGAGGUGCGAGCUGGAGGGUUGUGUACAAAGCGAAGCACGUUUGCGUAGAGCGUCGCUUGCUGGUCGAGUAAGCAGCUUAGAAAUCGUGUAGAGUCUGUGCAGAAUCGUGCAGGAUUGGCUUGGCUACAUUGCGCGAAGAGAAGUGCAGAACAGUGAGGUUUGUGAAUCGGUGGGUUUUUGGAAGAAUCGGGGGCCAGUUGAUCUAUUAAAUUGUGUGGUGGGAGCGGACUUUUCUUGUCUAUUUACCUUAGGAAGCGGGGGGAGUUUCACAGCUUAUUUUGGAGUGAUCAGUGAAGGAUCAGGUCAGAAUGGAAUUACCUGCAGACGCUAAUGAUGUUCAAACCUCACAUGAACCUCAAGUUCCAGCUGAUAAUGCUGAGAGGAUAGAUCAAGUUCUAGAAAAGUCACCAGAGCCUCAAAUCGUCGCUGAAGACGAGGAGAUGGCAAACCAAAGUGUAGAGAAAUCACCUGAAGUUCAAAAUUCCGAACAAGUGGCACAAAUCUCAUCUGAACCCCAAAUUGAAACUGAGGAGGUGGUUACACGGCCAUCCUUAGAGUCGGUGUGGGAGUCUCUGCAAGCUGCGGAGGCGUCACAGGCUUCUUCAUUCGAACUUCGAGAUACAGCUCAACAGAAGGGGGGAGUAAGUGAAGGAUCACAAAUAUCACCUGAAGUACAGAGCAAACCUGAAAGCACGGGGAGGAAGCCAAGUGCUUUACGUACUCGACCUAGUACUCGUGCCAAGAGAAGUGUAACUUUCGAGGAUGACUUUGAGAAACCAGGGGAGUCACAGGUACAGAAAUCUGGAAUUAGAAGACAAGCUGGGGAACGGCAUCUGAAAUUUCUACCUGGAUGCUUAGGACUUUUCUUGUCCGUAGCCCUCGCUUCUCUUGUUGUUUACGUUUCCACACCAAAUAUACCUACGAAACCUCGACUCUGGACAAGUGCGGAAUUAGAAGUUCACAAUGGAACGAAUAACAAGCCUCCUCUACUUUUGAGCAUUUUGGGGAGUGUUUUUGAUGUCAGUAAAGGUUGGAAGCACUAUGGACCUGGGGGCAGCUAUCACCACUUCGUGGGAAGAGAUGCGUCUCGUGCAUUUGUCUCAGGGAAUUUUACUGAUGAUGGAUUGAUAGAUUCCUUAGAAGGCCUCACAUCGUCACAAAUCAAGGCUAUUGAUGAUUGGAGAUUGUUCUUUGUGAGCCGUUACAUCUACUUGGGUAAGCUAGUUGGAACUUUUUAUAACAAGGAUGGGUUACCAACAAAGAAGCUACACAUAGCGCAGAAGAAGAUAAAGCAGGCGGCAGAGUUUGAGAAGCAACAAAAGUUAGAUGAAGAACAGUUUCCAAAUUGCAGCUCUAGGUGGGCGCAAGACGAAGGCGGAGAGGUUUGGUGCGAUGAUGGCAAGUACCCACGCAUCAUUGAGUUGAUUACCCAGGGUCCCAAAAUGGGCCCUCCACGGACACGCUGUGCAUGCCUGGAGGGUGAGGAGCUCCAGCGCCCAGGCGUGACGGGCUAUGACGCGUGCGAUCCCCAAUCUAGCAAGUGCAAUGCAUAGUGGGCUGUUACAACUCAUGGCAGCUGAUAACCACCACGCACAGUCCACACGAAGCGACAGAGCUUCUUUGCAUUGUGCCUUUAGAGUUGAAUUCUCCUGUGAAACUGGAAUUCUAACACUGUAAUUGAAGUCUGUGACAAGCUGGUUUGGGACUCUAAACAAACCAUCCUGCUCUUGGAUGCUGUAGGCUGACAGUAUAGUUUCCACCAUCCUGAAUUGCUAGAAAGAUUAAGAGAUAUCUGGUAUUAUAUUCUUGAUACUGCAGCAUUUUGAGAAGAGCUGAAGUAUGUAGGGGAAUAUACAUCAUGCUUGGAGCUGACGGCAUAGAUUUGAAACUGAGAGGAAAUUUGUAGUUCAAAAAGUAUAUAAAAUAUGCAGGUAAUUGGAAUUAAAAGCCGAUUGUUUCUUCCACAUCUGAAA